AUGUUAGAUUCGUCUUCUAGCGAAGACACUGGUGGGGAGUCCGACUUGGAGCCUCAGAGGAAACCGGACGCCUCUUCCUCUGCAGAGAAACGGGAAACGGGACCCCCGGGCAGCCAGCAGCUGCGCUGCGCGACACCUGGAAGCCUCGCCGGCAAAAGUACGAAAGUGAACAGCGCUACAGAUGAAGAGCAGGAAAAGAGGAAACGCGAGUCCAUUCAGAAGGAGGAAGAGGAGAGGAAAAUAAAACUGCAGAUUUAUGUGUUCGUCCUCCGGUGCAUAGCCUACCCGUUCAACGCCAAGCAGCCCACCGACAUGUCCCGUCGGCAGCAGAAGGUCAGUAAGCAGCAGCUACAGGCAGUAAAGGAGCGUUUUCUUGCUUUCCUCAAUGGAGAAACUCAAAUUGUGGCUGAUGAAGCUUUCUGCAAUGCUGUGAGAAGCUACUAUGAGGGCUUCCUGAAGAGUGAGCGUAUUUCCCGGAUGGUUCAGAGCGGUGGCUGUUCAGCUAAUGACUUUCGUGAGGUUUUCAAGAAAAACAUUGAGCGCCGUGUCCGCAGCCUUCCUGAGAUCGAUGGGCUGAGCAAAGAGACUGUGCUCAGUUCCUGGAUCGCAAAGUAUGAUGCUAUCUACAGAGGGGAUGAGGACCUGUGGCGUCAACCACAGAGGGCACACCUAAGUGCUGUUUCAGAGCUCAUCCUUAGUAAAGAGCAACUCUACGAGAUGUUCCAGCAGAUCCUCAAUAUCCGCAAGUUUGAGCACCAGCUGUUGUACAAUGCCUGCCAGCUCGAUAGCAUGGAUGAGCAGGCAGCUCAGAUCCGUAGAGAGCUGGAUGGUAGGUUACAAUUGGCCGAAAAGAUUGCCAAGGAACGGAAAUACCCAAAGUUUGUCUCUGCUGACAUGGAGGCUCUGUAUGUGGAGGAGCUGCGAUCAUCUGUCAACCUACUGAUGGCAAAUUUGGAGAGUCUGCCUGUGUCUAAAGGAGGUCCAGACUUCAAACAGAAGCUUAAACGCUCCACCGUAAAUAACUCCUUUCUAGAUCUUGGAGAUGAGGGAGAUCUGUCUAAGUCGGACAUCGUCUUGUCUUUCACUCUGGAGAUUGUAAUCAUGGAGGUCCAGGGCCUGAAGUCAGUGGCCCCAAACCGUAUGGUUUACUGUACCAUGGAGGUAGAAGGAGAAGAAAAGCUACAGACCGACCAAGUAGAAGCCUCAAGAGCACAGUGGGGGACUCAGGGGGACUUUACCACAACUCACCCUCUGCCUUCAGUUAAAGUGAAGCUCUUCCUAGAGAGCACCAGGGUCUUAGCUUUGGAUGACAAGGAGCUGGGCAAGGUAAUCCUGAACCCAACCAACAAUGGACCAAAGCACACAGAGUUCCAUCGUAUGAUUGUCCCCAAGAACAGCCAGGACACAGAGCUGAAAAUCAAACUUGCUGUCCGCAUGGACAAACCUCCCAACAUGAAGCACAGCGGAUACCUGUACGCUAUGGGACAGAGGGUCUGGAAACGCUGGAAAAAAAGAUAUUUUGUUCUUGUCCAGGUUAGUCAGUACACAUUUGCAAUGUGCAGCUAUAGAGAGAAGAAGGCUGAGCCUCAGGAGCUGAUGCAGCUGGAGGGCUACACAGUGGACUGCUGUGAGCCUCAGCCAGGUCUGCAAGGUGGUCGGGUUUUUUUUAAUGUGUUGAAAGAAGGCGAUUUGGUGAUGUUUGCUUGUGAUGAUGAGCAGGAACGGGUGCUGUGGGUCCAGGCCAUGUACCGAGCAACUGGACAGUCCUACAAACCGAUCCUCCACCCCCAAAACAAAACCCCAAACUGCAGAGGAGGAAACCAAAAACCGACAUCCCCCAUCAGUAAGUUCAGUCUUGAUCCAUCUCAGCGUCAGGGAGUGGAAAAGUUGAUCUCAGCGUCUCCGUGUCAGUUCGACCACGCUGCCCUGUUCACCAUUUUACAGAAACACACACUCCAGCAUCGAAUGAACGACUCCUUCUCCUGCCUGGGCUGGUUCAGUCCUGGUCAGGUGUUUGUCCUGGAUGAGUACUGUGCUCGGUAUGGUGUUCGAGGCUGCCACCGCCAUCUGAGCUACCUGAAGGAGCUGAUGGAUUAUUCGGAGAACAAUGCUCUCGUCGACCCUAUGCUGCUACACUACAGCUAUGCCUUCUGCGCCUCCCACGUCCACGGAAACAGGCCAGAUGGGAUAGGCACAGUGACCAUGGAGGAAAAAGUGCAGUUUGAGGCAAUCAGAAGUCGUCUCAUUGCUCUGCUGGAGAACCAGAUCACACAUUUUAGGUAUUGCUUUCCCUUUGGACGACCAGAUGGGGCCCUAAAGGCAACGCUCUCCCUUCAGGAACGGGUUUUGAUGAAAGACAUCACUACCCCUGUUCCUCCAGAGGAUAUGAAGAAACUGGUGCAGAGGUGUCUGGAACAAGCAGCUCAAAUCAACUAUAGUCAGUUGAUUGAAUAUGCUAAAAUCAAGGGUGAGAUGGAACAUCAGGUACCUCCAGAGAAAAGACUGGAGGACAUGAUGAGGCUGGGAGAGCUCUGCAUCGAAGUCUUGCAACAGAAUGAAGAACAUCACUCUGAGGGAAGAGAGGCUUUUUCAUGUUGGCCAGAGUUGAUGGCUGAACAUGCUGAGAAGUUUCUGUCUCUGUACAGAGCAGACAUGGAGGCAGCUCUUCAGGUCCAGUCGAUCGAUUCCUGGAAUACCUUCCCACUAUUUCAGCUCUUCAACAAUUUUCUACGAACAGACCCUCACUUGUGCAAUGGGAUGUUCCACAAACACCUCCAAGACCUGUACAUCCCACUGGUGGUACGAUACAUUGAUCUAAUGGAGUUGGCCAUUGCUCAAUCAAUCCACCGCAGCUUCCAGAAGGAAACCUGGCAGCCUGUCAACAAUGGUUCAGCCACCUCAGAGGAUUUGUUCUGGAAGCUGAACACUCUACAAAUGUUUGUGAUGGACCUUCACUGGCCAGAACCAGAGUUUGCAAAGCAUCUGGAGCAAAGACUCAAACUGAUGGCCAGUGACAUGAUGGAGGCCUGCGUCAAAAGAACAAAAUCUGCAUUUGAUGCCAAAAUGCAGAAAGUGUGUAAGUCAACAGACUCCCUUCUACCAGUGUCAGUUUGCACCAUGUUCAACGUGCUGAUUGAUGCCAAAAACCAAUGCUCCAAACUCUGUGUGCUGGACAGCGAACAGGAGAUUGACGGACAGUGGCAACAGUACCACUCCAAAAUUGAUGUUUUGAUUGACGAGGCAUUAAAGAACAUUAUUACAUCACUUGUGUCAAAGUUUGCUGCUGUUUUAAACGGUGUCCUCUCCAAGCUCUCAAGAUAUGAUGAAGGGACAUUCUUCUCUUCAGUCCUGUCUUUCACAGUGAAAGCUGCUGCGAAAUAUGUGGAACUCCCCAAACCAAGGAUGGAUCUGGCUGACACUUACACUGGUUUUGUACGACAGAACCAGGACAUUCUGCGCCGUGGUCUCAGUGAUGAGCUCUACAUUGAGACCGUAUUUGACCAAUGGUACACUGACUCCAUGAAGGCGAUAUGUGUUUGGCUCACUGAUAGACUGGACCUGCAGCUGCACAUGUACCAGCUGAAAACACUCAUCAACAUUGUUAAGAAGACCUAUCAUGACUUCAGGUUGCAGGGAGUCCAGGACAGCACACUGAACAUCAAAAGCUAUGAAACCAUCUACAACAGGCUGACGAUGGAGGAGGCUACUGUGGCUGUCAAGGCAGGUGAUGGCCUACGGGGCAUCAGCAUGAGAGACAGUGAUGUAGAGGAUGACUAA